CUCCCGGGCUUCUCUUUAUGGUAGCGCUGGGCCUCUCUAGCCCCGCUCGCCGUCCUCUCGAUGGUAGCGCCGGGACAAACUGAAAAGCCGGCGGCCAAGGCAGCUCUGAACCCCAGUGGAGGAGAGUUCACGCUAGAGGUGUCAGCAUAUGACCUGCUAGAGAGAGAUCUCUAGUCAAAAUCAAAAAGAGGAAAUUUGCUAAAAUCAAGAAUGAUGGAUCCAUGUUCAGUUGGAGUCCAGCUUCGUACAACAAAUGAGUGUCAUAAAACCUACUAUACACGUCACACAGGUUUCAAGACUUUGCAAGAAUUGUCGUCAAAUGACAUGCUUUUACUUCAGCUUAGAACUGGAAUGACACUUUCUGGGAACAAUACAAUUUGUUUCCAUCAUGCAAAAAUUUACAUAGACAGAUUUGAGGAUUUGCAGAAGUCAUGUUGUGACCCAUUUAACAUACACAAGAAACUAGCCAAAAAAAAUUUACAUGUAAUUGACUUAGAUGAUGCCACUUUUCUGAGUGCAAAAUUUGGAAGACAGCUUGUACCUGGUUGGAAACUUUGUCCAAAAUGUACACAGAUAAUCAAUGGAAGUGUGGAUGUUGAUUCUGAAGACCGGCAGAGAAGAAAACCUGAUUCAGAUGGAAGAACUGCUAAGGCUUUGAGGUCAUUACAAUUUGCAAACCCGGGAAAACAAACUGAAUUUGCUCCAGAAACUGGUAAAAGAGAAAAAAGAAGGCUUACAAAAAAUGCAACUGCUGGUUCAGACAGACAAGUGAUCCCAGCGAAGAGUAAGGUCUAUGAUAGCCAGGGUCUCCUCAUUUUCAGUGGAAUGGACCUCUGCGACUGCCUCGAUGAAGACUGCUUAGGAUGUUUCUAUGCUUGUCCUGCCUGUGGUUCUACCAAAUGUGGAGCCGAAUGCCGCUGUGACCGCAAGUGGCUGUAUGAGCAGAUUGAAAUCGAAGGAGGAGAAAUAAUUCAUAACAAACAUGCUGGAUAACUUGUGGUAUCAAAUUAGGGGAUCUUUAAAGGUCCCUUCUCUAUAUCUAGAAUUUUGUUAUUCUAAGACACAUUUUAAAGUUGAUUGCCAAAUGACGAAAAUUUGAAAACCAUCUCAACAUGCACUCCAUGUGCACUAAUGUUGCUUGUAGAGUGCUUUAAGAGUCAUUAUUUGGUAUAAAUUUAGAUGGGCUAUUUAUUACUCAGUCAGCUUUAAGCCUGUCCAUGUCCACAUAAACAAGUAGUGUAUAGGCAGUCCUUGAUUUGCACAGUUCCCAUGUCCACAGAUUUCAGUGACAAUGACUUAGUUAGAUAAACUAGUUCCCUAACAGCACAGUUCAAAUUUCAGUUACCAUGGUAUAUUAUUAAUUCAGUAGUUACAUGAAGUGCAGACUUCCUGCUAGUUCUUAAGUCCACAUAUCACUUUGUGAGUAACAGGUGUGUUUCAAGAUCAGUGACCAGUCAUGUUACUUUUCUCAAAUUCUGCUAGAUUGGUCACUGCCCAUCUGUUACAGUUUAUUUACAGACAGCAAAGCACAUAGUUGUGUUGUCUCCUUGUCACCCAUGUGACAUUUUACAAAGUGGAUAAUGAGAAGAAUUGGCCAACAAAGAUGAAAGUGCAGUGAAGAAAUGAAAAUGAUAAUGCCAGCAGUGAGACUUCAUUUAAACUUAGAUGGAGUCUAGAAGAAAUCACUGAUCAUUGGACUGUUGGCACUGCUGUAUUCUAAAGCCUCUGACAUGCAGCUAGAGGAACUUAGUGAAGGCAGACUUACCAUCAUAAAUGAGGAAGGGUGUGAUGAAAAGGAUGAACAUAUGCUAGAGGAAGUGAUGGUAACAAGCAUCACAUUAAAGGAAAUUACAGAGGUAUUUCACUACAUCGAAAGCACACAUGAUAAAUUGGCGAAAGCUAAUCUAAACUUGCAGGAGUAUGACAAUUUGCAAUGAUAUAGAAAAGAUGCUUACCUGAUAUGUUACUUGACAGAAAGGCAAAACUGUUCACACUGUUUCUUGAUUAAUUUUUUGCAAUGAAAUAACUCUUUAAUUCUCAGUGUUUCUAAUGUAUUAAAUUACAGUGUAGUAAGUAAAUAGUUUUUUACAACUUUUUCAUUUUCUUUUGCAUUAAAAACUGACAGUUUUUAAUAUUUUGUUAGAUUUUUCAAGGUCAAAGUACAAUAAUUUUCCCUAUUAAUUAUUAAGAUUGCAUUGAAUGGACACUUUUAAUGGUCCUUCACUACAGACCAUGCAAGGCAAGGACUGCCUAUAGAUGAAAACAUUGCCUACUUCAGGAAAAAUUAAUUUUGGUACAGCUAAGUAGUUGAAUUAUUUUGGAAAUAAUCUACAUAACUAGUACUAGCAUAUAUCUUUUCUUCUCCCCACUUACUCUUUUUUUUUUUUUUUUUUUUUUUUUUUUUUUUUUUUUGUCCCCCUGGCUGCCUCCGUGGCAUGUGGAAGUUCCCAGGCCAGGGAUCAAACUCCUGCCACAACAAUGACCUGAGCCACAGCAGUGACAAUGCCAGAUCCUUGACUGUUAGGCUACCAGAGAGCUCCCUCUUCCCACUUAUUCGUUUUUUUUUUAAUUUUUUUAAAAGAAAAGUUUUAAUGCUUUAAACCUGUCAUUGCUUAGACUAUGCAUUCUUGGUGAAAAUUUGUUGUUGGUGUCAAAAGUCUUAUUCUUUCUGUGUAUAAAGCAUGGAUAUACAUGUAGUAUAUAAACAUAUAUAUUAUGUCUGUAGUAUUUAAAUUUGAUAGUGUGUUGACUAGAUUAAAAGGGCUAAAAACAACUCCUUAAUGGAGUAGUAAUGAAAAGGGGUGGAGAAACACUGGUUGAGACAGAGUGUAAGUUAUUUGGAAAUUGAUCAACUCUUGAUGUUGGAAUUUAUAUGAGUAGGUACCCUUUGGAGGAUGGAGGUAGGUAAUAGCUUCUCUCUGCUCUUUAUUUUUUAAAAACGGCUACCUGUCUGUCUAUCUAAAAUUUUUUUUCUUAGUCAUCUAGGUUGUGUUUCCUAAACUAUGUUUUUGUUUUGUUUUCCCUAAAUAUAGUACCUUAGUUUAAUCAAACAAACUGUUAGCAAUUUGAAAUACUUUUUAGCUGUUGAAAGUAAAUUUAUAUAGCCAUUUUGUAUAAAUUGACCAAUAGAAGUUUACUUUUACUCCUGGAUACUUUUGGUAUCUAUUUAAAAUGACUGGUUUUCGUUUGAUAGAAUACCGUUUUCAACCAUGCAAUUAAAUGUCAUAUUUAAGUUAUUGUUCACUGACCUCGUUAUCAGAAAUACAGCUUAUCAACUCUUUGAUUCAUACGUUUCAACAGGACACUGGCGAAAAGAAUAUGUAGGCCUUAUAUACUUAAGUCAGCUGCUAGAUUCUUUUUUUCCUACAUUAAGGAAAUGCUUGGUACAGAGGAGGCAAACACAGAUGCCCAAUUUUAUCUGAACUUUUAGGUUAUUAGACUUUCUUAGUUGUGUUAUUGAGUUGCUUCCAAGUAUGACUUAGUAUAUCAUUUAAGCUCUUCAUAAGGAUAAAUUAAAAUCUUAGUUUUUUUGUUUAAAACAGGAACAUAUUUUCAGCAAAAUAAAUGACUUUAAAAUUCAAAUUGUUAUAUUUUAACAUUUCUUAGUAGAAGAUUUCUGUCAUUUUUUAAGGACAGUAAGUUUUUCAAGGGAAACUUUCUUAAACAAUUUUGCAGGUAUUUGUUCAUUAUGCCUAUUUAGGAGACAAACUUACUUAGUAAGCAUGCAAAAUGUUCAUAGAGAAAAGUAUAUCUUUUUUUUUUUUUUUUUUUUUUUUUAGGGGCCAUACCUGUGGCAUAUGGAAGUUUCCAGGCUAGGGGUUAAAUUAGAGCUAUAGCUGCUGGCCUACGCCAUAGCCACAGCAACACAGGAUCCUUAGCCCACUGAAAAAGGCCAGGGAUCGAACCCCCAUCCUCAUGGAUACUAGUCGGAUUCCUUACUGCUGAGCCAUGGAAAAUCCAAGUAUAUCUGAUUUAGAGUAGGCUAUAAUAAAAGCUGUGUUUUAGAAAAAUUAACAUCACAAGUCCAUUUACUGUUUUAAUAUAAAAUUAUAGAAAUAUAGACUCCAAUGAAAUUCCUUCUUGUAUUUUUCAUAAGUACGAUUCAAGGUGACUAAAUUAUUUUAGAAUGCUGUUAAUCUAAAAAGCAAAAAUAAAAGUUGUAUGAAUAUAUAGCUUUGACUGGGUCCAAUGGAAAAGUUAACGUUAAGACCACAGACGUUGGUGUUACACAGCGUUGGUCACAAAGAUUAGAGUAAAAAUGCAUGUAUAUAUUUGAAUAAAAUUAAUGGCAUCCCUGUGAUAUUUUUCCCAUUUGUUCUUUACAAGUAUAAGAAAAUAGCUGCUGGAGUUCCCGUCGUGGCGCCGUGGUUAACGAAUCCAACUAGGAACCAUGAGGUUGCGGGUUCGGUCCCUGCCCUUGCUCAGUGGGUUAACGAUCCGGCGUUGCCGUGAGCUGUGGUGUAGGUUGCAGACGCGGCUCGUAUCCCGCGUUGCUGUGGCUCUGGCGUAGGCCGGUGGCUACAGCUCCGAUUGGACCCCUAGCCUGGGAACCAACAUAUGCCGCGGGAGCGGCCCAAGAAAUAGCAGCAACAACAACAACAACAACAAAAAAAGACAAAAAGACAAAAAAAAAAAAAAGAAAAUAGCUGCUUACCUUUGGAAUAUUAUAUAUGAGAUUCUUCUCUUUUUUUAAACAUUAUGUCUAAUCCCACAUAAUAAGCUGUUCCACAGCCUGGCAGUCUGUUCUAAAACUGCUUUCCUGGCAUGGACUCAACUAAGUAAUUUUUAACAGAUGUUUUUUAAAACAUGCAUACAUAUGUAGAGUGAUUUAUUAAUCUAGAGAAUAUAACUUAUAGUACAGUCUAGUAUGGUUCUUAACUUUAUGGAGGUCAGAGACCCCUGUGAGAAGCUGAUGAAAACUAUGAACUGUCUGCCCAGAAAAAUUCAUCUGAGUACUCACAUAUUCCAUGUUCAGAACUCAUGCUCUGAAUAAUAGGAGUUUUCUAUAAACCAUUGAUGUUUUUUAAAGUGAGGAUGGCUGUCUAUGAUGUGUAGCGUGUUGGAGUUCCCAUAGCGGCUCAGGUAAUGAACUGGACUAGGAUCCACGAGGACGCUGGUUCGAUCCCUGACCUCACCCAGAGUGGGUUAAGGAUUUGGCAUUGCUGUGAGCUGUGGUGUAGGCUGGCAGCUGCUGCUCCAAUUUGACCCCUCACCUGGAAACUUUCAUACGCCACGGGUACAGCCCUAAAAACACACAAAAAACAAAGUGUGGUAUGGUUUGUUAUGAAGUGUUGUAGAUGGAUUUUAUUAAACAAAAUCAGAGUGGUUUAGUUUCUUGAGAGAGCUGUUGCUACCCUGAAAAAGCUAGAUCCCAUUGUGGCUAUCAUCCCUACCCGUCCUACCUCCAAAAAGGUAAUUACAGGUCGAGUAGCUAGAAAACUGAGGUGUCUUACACGGACUGAGCUUUCAUAAUUAGAGAUUUUCUCAAGUUAUGAUAGGUUAUGCUACUAGAAAUAGCUUAGCAUCCUUGUACAAAUUCAUAUGGCACUGCCUUAGUGUUUGCUGACAUCUGCUGGUAUUUUCAUGAAAAUAAACUCUGCUGCUACUAUAUGGUUAUAAUCUCUUCACUUGUAAAUUAAACUUUGAACACAUAAUUAUAUUGAAGUAGGAUAUUUUAAAAAAUUCUUAAAGUAGAAUGGCUUCUCUUUUUAGCAUUCUUAGGUCUUGCACCAAAUUUUUAAAAAGUAUGAAUAUAUAAACAUAUGCAUGGACACUUCUGGGUUUCUUUUUUAUAAAAUUAAAAAAACUUGGAAAAAUAAUGCUUUUAUCUAUUUUUUAAAAAUCAUCAAACCCUUCAUUGACGUGUAAAAUUAAAAACCAUCAAACACUUCAUUUAAUAGGUAUAAUUGACUUCUAUAGAGUAUAUACCUCAAUUUGGAGGUUAUCUGUAACAGCAUAAUUAUGAGGAGUGACCAUUCUUACCAAGAUAAUUUAACUUCUAGAGGAUUUAUCAGAUAAAACAGAUUAUUAACUCAGGUUAGUAAUAAUCCAUCUUUAAAUACAACUGAAAGUAUUUAAUUCCAGCCCUGUAAACUGGGACAACUAAAAUUUAUUAAUUUUUUUCCUUGAAAUGAUGAAGAAAUUUGUGAAACAAUGAUUAGGAACAUCAGUUUUCUCACUUCCUAUCACUGUAAGUAAACAAGUGUUUUAUUGAAGUUGCUGUAAUCUUCCUUGACUAUGGUUUUAAAUAAAUGGACUUAUUAAAAAUAAAA